AUGCCUGCUCUUAUGUUCCUUCUCAUAUUUCAGGAGGCGGUGGAACUGCACGGCGUCCGCCCCGGUGGCUUUAUAUCCAACGGUUACGGGUCCGUUAUCGUACGCGUGGCAUCGGUCGCCGCGGGCAGUGUUGCGAUCGCCGCAGUUGUGAUCAAGUAUCUUCUUUCAACUCGACGGCCGAAAGAUUACCCGCCCGGCCCCCCGACUAUCCUCGGUAUCGGAAACCUUCACCAAAUCCCUCUCAAACAGCCAUUCUGCCAGUUUCACGAGUGGUCGAAGACAUACGGCGACAUCAUCGGGCUCAAGGUCGGGCCAGCAAAUAUUGUUGUCCUCCACAGCCCUGAAUAUGUUCGCGAGCUGUUCGACAAGCGCGGCGCUAUUUACUCCGGUCGUCCGUAUAGCUACAUUCCCGCUGAGCAUGUUUUCCGCGAACACGGUGACAAGCACAUUCUGAAUCUCCAGAAUGGGGUCUUUCUCCGGCGGUGGCGUGCAGCUGUCGCACAUUUUGUCGGUCCCGUCGGUCUCAAGCAAAGCCUCCGCUUCCAGGAGGAAACGGCAUCUACUCUCAUGUACCGGCUUCUCCUAACAGAAGGCCACCAAGACUCGCUGGACCACAUCAAGCACUGGGCCCUAGCCACGCCGCUCCUCGCCAUUACUGGUCAACGCCUCGAGGACCGGGGUAAGGCUUUCGCCGACCGGUUUUUCGAUGCUCAGGAGAAAUGGCUUGAGCUUCUUGAGCCAGGGAAUACCCCACCCGUCGACAUUUUCCCAUUCCUCCGAUGGAUCCCCGAGAGGUUGGCUGACUGGAAAACCAAGGCACGAACUGUGCGGGAAUACAUGUUUGAAGAGUAUUUCGGGUAUUUGAAAACGGCUAAGGACCUGCGUUGCGAAAAUGACAAUCAAGGAAGCAUUGCUGACCUCGAGUGCUUGAUGACAAAAAUUCUUGGCGAUGCGGACAAGGAUGAAGGAAAAGGAAAAUCGUUUACGGAUGACGAGGUGGCCUACCUGGGUGGCGGCCUCCUUGACGCCGCUGUAGACACUACUUGGGCCACCAUGAUGAGUCUAAUCAUGUUUCUGACCGCGCACCCUGAUAUUCAAGAAAAGGCAUUUGAAGAAAUCAACCAAGCAAGCCCUACAACGCCGCCCACCGCUGAUGUUCUCGACCGGCUGCCCUAUGUGCGAGCCUGCCUAUCCGAGACAUUCCGCCUCCGCCCGCCAGCUCCCAAUGGACUCCCCCACGUUCUUGACCGCGACGACACCUUCAACGGAUACAAGAUCCCCAAAGGGACCACAUUGCUUGCAAACGUCUGGGGAAUCCAGAGAAACGCAGACGACUACGAUGAUCCGGAGGAAUUUAGACCCGAGAGAUACUUGUUACACCCUCUCGGCCUCAAGCCUGGCCUCGAAGCUGCUCACGGGCGGAAGGCGACAUACACCUUUGGGGCGGGCCGUAGAAUCUGUCCCGGAGAGCAAUUUGCAGAGAAUUCCGUCCUUAUGACUGUAGCUAAACUUCUAUGGGCCUUCCAAAUCACUUCGCCCGAACCGCUUAAUCUCUCCGUCGAAACGGGAUUUCACACAGGCUUGGUUUUAAGCCCCAUGCCGUUCAAUGUCGAUUUUGUUCUGCGGGACGAGGCGAGGAGACACGCUAUUGUGCUUGAUUAUAACGGCUCCUUAUCUGGGACAGGUCUGAAUGCCCACAACAGUCAUUAA